AUGUUUUUCUACGGUGACUCCAAUUCCAGAGGGUUCUACGAAAGAGUUAAAUCAAAAAUCCAAUGUUAUGAAGUUACACAACAAGAACGGAAGCAAUGCCACAACAAGACAAAUAAUAUUGCUCUGCAGCACCUGAUUCACACAAGCCCAUACAACAUUGCCUGGGGAAGUUUCUUCAGGAGUUCCGAUUUGUACUCACCUCAGAAAGUAUUCCGCUCAAUUCCAUCGGACGGUCGUUACAUCAUCAGCUUCAACCACUACCUUCACUUCUCCGCCCAUCACCUCAGCGUUUAUGAGAGGACUCUAAGGGCAGUACGUGAUGAAGUCGUCAGGUUGUUGGAGCGAAAUCCACAUGGUCAAAUACUGUUAAGGGGACCAAAUGUUGGCGAGCGAGAGCCCUAUGUCUACUACGUUGGCGAUGUAUGGGGUCAGUAUAUCACCACAAUACAGAAGGAAACGUUCAGGGAUCUACAAGACCGUAUUAUCUACUUCCCAACAUGGGACAUCACUCUAGCGUCUGAAGAAGCUCGACUUCACCCUACGUGCAAUAAUCAUUUGUUUGACUUGAUGAUGCAUUUCCUGUGUGGCAGAGAUCAGUAA